AUGAAUCGAAGUGGUGACAUAGAUGGCCAGUUUCUGCUUUGUGAACCUACAGAACUACCUGAAUUUUGUGUUGUGACUACCAGUGGUGUCUAUACUUGGCGGUAUUCGGAUAACCAGUUUGUUGCCGAUUUCCCGGUACCCACUGGAAUCAAAUGUGUCAGCUUUUCUCCGGAAAAAUCCAUGUUGGCUUUUGUUACUGCCUCUCCGGUCACAGUUGGUUGGGGCAAAAAAGAGACGCAAUUUCAUGGUUCUGCCGGUAAAGAAGCUGCUUUAGCAAAACCAGCACGUGUACUGACGCGCUCACAGCACGACGAUGGCCGUUGUGAAAUAGCAUGGCGCGAUGAUGGGAAAUAUUUUGCUGUUUCUUGGCUUGACGCCUCUCAACAAAACACUCGACGUGUCCGAAUUUUCACUGAUUCUGGCGAUCUGUUUUCCACGUCGGAACCAACUGGUUUGAUGGAGCCCGGAUUUUGUUGGAGGCCUCGAACACAGCUGAUCACAGCGGUUUAUCGUCGACCAGCCCGGGGGUUGGAUAUAAUCUUUUUCGAAACGAAUGCAGAAAGGCAUGGUGAAUUGGAGCUGUUGGAUGCGAGCCAGGAAUCGAAAUAUCGCGUCAAAAACAUGCAAUUCGACCCUAAUGGUGACGUACUGGCUGUUUUGUGCUCCGGACUGAACCCUGACACCGAACAUCACCCGUCGUUCAUUCGACUAUUGACUUGUUCCAAUUAUAAAUGGUAUGCCAAACGAGAUAUCACAUUCAGUUCCGGAUUGCCAACUAAUUCAGGUGUUGCAUUUGCAUGGGAUUGUGACUCAUCGCAUGGUGCAGUGUGUUCCCUGUAUGUCGCCAUCUCGGAAUUGGACAAAGCCGGAGGGGAUCUUACCUCGAAGGGAACAACGUUUGUGAGAAAGUGGACUUGGUCCCUUAUGUACGAUGGCUGCGAUUGUCUGGCCAGCGAAUCCACCGCAUCUGACGAUUUCAGAGCGAAGAAUCCCGGUGUUAUUGGGGUUGCGGAUGGCAGCAGUGUUUUACUCACUGCUUUGGCUCACACGGUCAUUCCUCCACCCAUGUUUGCCUCUCGGCUGUCUCUGAGCUCCACCACGACCGAGGCAAACUCCUGUCACAAUCGAUUGAUUUCCAUCUCCUUACCCGGUCCAUGGAUUCGAAACGUGCCAACCGCUGCCCACAUCCCCAUGCUCCUUCAAUUCGAAUCGGAUUUGGUGCUAGUGCAACUGACAUGCGGUUCCGGUCAAAUGCGAAAGCACACCCUUUCAACCAACUCUGGAUCGCUGGAGGCACAGUGGGUUUGCGGUGCACAAAACACUGUACCAUGGCCUGUAGAGGCAACUGGCUUUCGGCACAUCAUGAGUGUGUACACGAACUCCGCUCAUCCCGAUUUCGAAUUUGCACGUUCCGUUUUUUCCCUAUUGGUUUGGCUCGUGGAUUGCAUGAAACCGAGUAGUAAUCCAGACGCACAACACGCUCUGGCUUACACCACUAAAUUUGCCGCAUUCGGGGGUUCAGAACUCACUCAUUUCUGUUGGAUUGAUUGCCAGCAAGUGGCAUUUGUCGGUUGUUGUGGUCGCCUUAUCGGGUUGCUGGAUUUUUCGGGUGAAUCCGGAACAGCAGCAGCAGUUGGCCGAUGGGUGCUUGCCUUGAAAUCUGUCAGUUCGACACAAACAGAGUCUCCCAUCCGAGAAAAUGACAUCCGUAUUUGUGGUCUGUGUAACACACCCGGUCAGUUACUGGGCGUCCAACUGAGUGAUGGUCGAGUCUUAUUGUACGAAAUGGCGAAACUUUUUGAUACCCCGGAUUGUGUAUCGAUCGACUCCUCUCAACAGGGGUUGGAUGAAACCGACCAAACGGUAGAUAGCCCGUUGUACUGGAUUUUGCGUCUUCCUCAGGUCUGUGAACAACUGGCCAGUCUACGCGUCACCGAGAAAUGCGUCACCAAACUGUGGAAAUCCAAACUGCCCGGAUCACAGUCAGUUCCGACGAACUGGAGCCGACAAUUUCUGUUGGCUUUGCACCAUUCAUCCCAUCGGCUGUAUGCAGCUCUGAUUCCCACUCCGGAGGAUCGUAUGCGGUUAGCCUAUCAAUUGGGACAACAGAAGCCUGUGACAUGUGCGAUGGAACUGUGCUCCUCCUUGCUUGUACUGCCGAACUUCUUGCUAGUGACCAGCUUGAGGAAGGUCGUUAUUUGUGUCCCUACACAAAUGCGCGCUGAAGUGUUUCUCGAUCCGGAGGCUUGUUUGAUGGAUGUCCCCGCGGAACUGACCUCUGGUGUCUCAUCGGGAUCUCGGAACUGGUACGACGACUUCUUNUUGCAUCCAACUGAGACGGGCGCCGUCAUUGUUCGUGCUCCCCCGGAUGAUACAAAGGUGGUGUUACAAAUGCCUCGUGGCAACCUAGAAGAGGCUCACCCUCGGGCUCUAGUCCUGUCAAGACUAUCAGUCUUGUUAGAUAAGAUGCAAUAUGCACAAGCACUCGAAGUGAUGCGUCGACAUCGUGUCAGUUUGAAUCUGUUGCAUGACCACAACCCCGGUGUAUUUUUGGCCAACCUCAGUGCACUCCUAAAUCAAGUAACCAAUGCGGAACCGAUCACACUAUUUGUGAGCGAACUGACCGAGGAAGAUGUGUCGCAAACCAUGUACGGGAAGCUUUAUGGUCGCGGUGUAUCCCAACUGAUGCGCGGUAAAGCGGAACAGAAGCAAUCGCCUCAGACCAUCUCUGUGUACAAACGGUCCAAAGUGAACACGAUUUGUGACUCUCUUCUGGCUUUAAUGCGCGACGUGAACAGGUAUCUUCUUCCUAUCCUGACGUGCUAUUCGAAGAAGUCGCCUCCGGAACUCCACCUUGCGCUUCUCUUGCUCAAGAAGUACCACGAUGCCGGAGAUGCCGGGAUAUGGGAAUCGGGUGUACGACAUUUGCAGUACUUUGCCACACCGCUGGAGCUGUAUCAUCUGGCUCUGGGCACCUACGAUCUGCGUCUGGCACUUCUCAUGGCCCAACGCACACAAUUAGAUCCGAAGGAGUAUUUGGCACAACUUAAUGAGAUUCAAGCGAUAACGGAACAGGACACCACGACCGUCGCGGUUGCGUAUCAGCGUUUCCGUAUUGACAACCAGUUGGCACGUCAUGCUUCGGCUUUACGUCAUCUGUAUGAUUCCGGCCCUGAUCAUUCGCAAGAGUUGAUCGAAUACGUUCGCAUUCACAAACUGUACCGCGAAGCUGUCGAAUUGUUCCGGUCAGACAGUGAGGAAUUUAAGGUUGCUAGUCAAAUGUGGGCAGAACAUUUGAUUUCCGAACAGAAAUUAUCCUCGUCCGGUGAAGUGUAUCUACGCGCUGGUCUGUUCGCUGCGGCCGCUUGUACUUUCCUGUCUACCACUCAACCAAAACUAUGGGCCAUUGCGGUUUCUCAGGCGCGGUCGUCGGAAUCAAACGCGGACGGCCUAAUACACCUCAGCGCCUCAGAGAUUAAACAGCAAGCGACCAAAAUGAUAGAUAUGGCCAUCGAGAUUGGAUUAGAAGGAGGUCUAUGGGUUCAGUCCCGUCGCUUGGCUGUCUUGCAUGAUAAGCUCACCGUUUUUCACCGGUCCCUGUUGCCCAAACUAACCGAGGCUUCUGCUGCCCUACUGGAACGUGUAUCAACCACCAAUGGCCAGUUCACAAAACUAGUCCAGCGAUUGAUCGCACUUCGUCAAGAACAUCGGGAUGAAGCAGAAUCAAGACGUUUAGCUCAGUUACACGGCACUUCGGAUCCAAUGGAUGAAACUGCCACAGAAACUGAUCUGUUUUCAGACACCAGUAGCAUCUCUGAUUCCAGUCUAUCCGGUUCCGUAAGCGCCGUGAGUUUACGUUCUGGCAGCUCCCGAAAAUCUGGACGUUCGGCAAAGAACAAACGGAAACAAGAGGCUCGCAAGUGGUCAUCUAAAGUGGGAAGCAAAUACGAAGAAGUGGGCCUAGUGAAAGAAAUCAGCCAGUCAAUUGAAUUGAGUCAACGAUUAGCCGGUGAGGUUUCUGCCCUGGUGUUGGAACUUUGGCGCGUCGGUUUGGCCGAAGAUGGACGUCGUCUAUUGUCACAUAUCAAUCAACUUCUAUCUGACCAGAAAAACAUCAUCCCCUCUGUCUGGGAUGACUGGAUGACCGGAAAGACGAUCAAAGUGCAACCGACCACUUAUCACUAUGCUCGUUAUUGGUUCUGGUACGCAACUGCAACCGGAGUUGCGCCACGUGACCUUACUGCGGCUGAUCUUUGA